AUGUCUGCGUCGGCCAACUUUGUCCCGUCAGGCAGCCAGCGCUACCUGCGCGCGUGCAUGGUCUGCUCCGUCGUCAUGACCUACACCCGCUUCCGCGACGAGGGAUGCCCCAACUGCGAAGAGUUCCUGCACCUCGCCGGCUCGCAGGACCAGAUUGAGAGCUGCACGUCGCAGGUUUUCGAGGGGCUCAUCACGCUCGCCGACCCGUCCAAGUCGUGGGUCGCCAAGUGGCAGCGCCUCGACGGCUACGUCCCCGGCGUGUACGCCAUCAAGGUCUCGGGCCAGCUGCCUGACGAGAUGCGGUCGGCGCUCGAGGACGAGUAUAGGAUACAGUAUAUUCCUCGAGACGGUACCGAAGCCGAGGCGGAAUGA